GGAAAAUCUGUGAAAUUUUGCACCAUGUACAGUUCGUUAAAUUUGAUUUAGUUACUUGAAGUUUACUUCAUGCUGGUAACAUUUACUACAUUUUUUUUUUUUUGGGUCUUUGAAGUGAAACCAACUUGCUAUGGGGCAGCAAAGAACAGAAGCAACAGAGUCUUUGCUUGUCAGUCAAGGACAUGACAACCUUGUAGACAGUGAAGAAAAUGGUGGUGUUGGUCUUGGGGAUGGAGGGUCGGUGGCUGCUUCCACUGUCACCACUAUUCUUGCUCUUAGCACCUUUGAGGCUGCUUGCCUUGCCUUUGGUUUAGGAUGUUCUGUAGGUGCAUUUUUAUUGAAUGUUUUUAACAGUGUGUCUCGGACUCCUCCAAUGCUGAACUUGUUUUCUGCUUUGCAGCUAGGAUAUUCAUCCCCUACUCAGUCUUCAAUCAUGGCAGACUUGGGACUUUCUGUGGCAGAGUUUUCACUUUUUGGUUCAAUACUGAGUAUUGGAGCAAUUCUAGGCGCUGCAAUAAGUGGGAAGAUAGCAGAUUUGCUUGGUCGGAAAUUGACCAUGUGGAUUUUGAAUGUUUUCUACAUCAGUGGGUGGCUUGCCAUAGCAUUCACAAAGGUUCCUUGGCUGCUUGACCUUGGAAGAUUGUCAUUGGGAUUCACAUAUGGAAUUUCAAUUUAUUUGGCGCCCAUUUACAUUGGAGAAAUAACACCCAAGAAUCUCAGGGGAAGAUUUACAGCCAUGGUGCCGUUGAUGGCUUGUUGGGGCAUGUCAUUCAUGUAUGUUGUUGGUUCCUUUGUCGAUUGGCGCGAUUUGGCUCUAAUAGCUGCCAUUCCUGGCCUAAUUCAACUCCCACUCCUCUUCUUCAUUCCUGAAUCGCCUCGAUGGCUGGCAAAGGUUGGUCGUGACAAAGACCUUGAAGCUGUUCUGUUGUGCCUAAGGGGAGAGGAAGCUGAUAUUUCUGAUGAAGCAACUGAUAUAAAAGAUCAUGUGGAAUCUCUUAAAAGUUUCUCAAAGGAAGGAAUUUUCGACAUAUUUCAGAAGAAGUAUAUCCGUCCUUUGCUUAUUGUAGUUGGCUUGAUGGCGCUGUCAAGUUUGGGAGGAACCAAUGCAUUUGUAUAUUAUUCCAGUGUUAUUUUUGUCUCAGCUGGUAUAUCGAGCAUGGUUGGACUCGUUACAUUGGCUGUUGCUCAGACAUUACUUGGCAUUUUGGGAACAAUCUUAAUCGAUAAAUCUGGAAGGCGACCACUUCUACUGGUUGCUUCAGCUGGAUUAUGCCUCAGUUGCUUCCUCACAGGACUAUCAUUCCUCUUAAAGGAACAUAAUUGGUGGGAUCAAGGUAGCCCUAUUUUGGCACUCAUUGGCUUAAUGAUGUAUAUGGGAUCAUAUGUAGUCGCAUCAGGAAUUCCAUGGCUGUUAUUAUCAGAGUUAUUUCCAAUAAAUGUAAAAGGUUCAGCUGGAAGCAUCUGUAAUUUUAUCAGCAAUAUCACUGGUUGGGCUGUUGCAUACUACUUUAACUUCCUAAUUGAAUGGAGCUCAGCAGGGAUAUUCUUCAUAUUUUCAGCCUUUUGUUUGGCAAACUUCAUCCUAGCAGCAACAAUGGUACCAGAGACUAAAGGGCGAACACUGGAAGAAAUACAAUCAUCAAUUACUCAUUCUUCAGAAUGAAGCAAGUUAUUUCAUUGGCAGCAUCUUGCUUUGGUCCUUGUGUCCGAACCAAAGAAAUAGGUUCUUCCAAAGUCUUAAUAACAUUGUUCCUCCUAUAAACCAUCCACGUGAAGUGGUCAGGAUGGGAAACGACAGGACUAAUAGCCUCAAACACUACUGUAUUUGUCUUUAUCAUUUGGCCAUAUCUCUUUUGCUCAUGCUUUAGCUCUCUUGAU